GGCGCCUUCACCCGUGUGACAGCAUUUCUAGUUGAAUGCAGCAGCCACAAAAGGUAGGAGUCCUGGGGUUGGACAAAGAGGAAUUCAAGCACCACCUGGACCUGAAGGAGUCAGCCCUGACUUCAACUCCUCCGCCUCCGGUUCUGGAGCCCCCUGAGGUCGGCUCUCCGCAGGCGGGACGAACUCAGGGCCGGCUCCCAGCUCCGCAGCGCCACACGUCCGGCUCCCGCCCGGUCCCGCCCGGUCCCGGGUUCCGGCUGGCCCCCGGACCCACCCCCAGCAGCAGCCAGCGACCCGGGCCCCCCUUCGCAGCCCCGGUCGCCCCGGCGCUCGCCGCCUCGGCCCCGCCCCGCGCUCCGGCCACUCGGCGGUUACCAGCUGGUCCCGCCCGCCCGACGCAGGCGCCGCACAGCCAAUCGGCGGCUGCCACACUGCGGCCCGAGCCGGGCUGGGGGGUUGGGACCUCCGGCUGCAGGUCCGCCUGGGCCAGACGCGCGAUCGCAGGCUGA